ACCGGAAGCACGGGGGCGGGCGUUUCCUCAUUAAGCUCGUCCCUUAAGAUGAGCGCUUUGGCUCGCGGUUGGUGAACGGAUGGUUGUGUGGGAUGGCUCAUCUCACUCCUAAACAAUUUUCUGCAGGGCUAGAAAUCAACCUGGGGUAAAUCUGACACUAAUGAGCAAGUGGGCCGAUAGUCUCUAAGGUAGCUGCUCCAUUAACGCAAGUUCUUCCUGGGGCUCCAGAGAUGGUUGACGGCUUCCUUUGGCUCCACGUCUCUGCUGGCCGUCUAGUUUAUACCAUUGCGGGCGCACCGCUCCCCGACCCCACGCCAUUAUGUACGAUCGGGCUCCUCGCUUGCUUAGAUUGGCUGAAGGUGGCAGCACUGAGGAUCAUGUGGGUCCUGGAUCCUACCAGGUACCUUUCCUGAAGCAGCAGGCAGCAGGUGGCUAUGCUCCAUUCCUUUCUUUGGCUGCCAGAGAAAGUACUUUGACUGUUGCCUCUAACACUGAGAAAGCUAUUCCAGGUCCCGGACACUAUAAUGUUUCAGAAGUACAGUAUAAUAUAAAAGGAGGCCAAAGUCUGCAAAACCGGGAAAAACGUUUUAAGAAGUUUAUUUCAGAUGGUCCAGGACCAGGAAGCUAUGCUCAGUCUUACCCUGGAACAUUACAUGUCACGAACAGGAAAAUACUAGCGGCUAAAGAGCAUCCUCAGUCAAAAAUUUCAAGGGCACUUACAGUUUCCAGAAGUGUUUAUGUUCCUUCAAUUCCUUCUUGUGGACAGUCGUAUGGUUAUCAUAUUAAUGAGGAUGACAGUAUCAUAAAACACUUUCCACCAGCUAGUGAUGGCACACUGGGUCCAGCAUACUAUAAACCUCAAUUUGAUUUUUCAAAUGUAACUUUGAAAUACAAGGGGAUACAUUUUGGCAACUCUUUGGGAAGACUUGAGUUACCUAUAAAGUUAGGGCCUGGUCCUGGACAGUAUGAUAUAAUCCAGAAAAAGACAACACACUAUGAAAAUAUUAACAUCAAGAAAGAUCAACAGCCAAAUUAUUACUCAAAUCUCCCACGAUUUUAUGAAGUAAUAAUAUUGCAAGAGGAAAAAAAGGGAGUACCAGGUCCUGGAAAAUAUGACAUUAAAAGUCAAUUUCAGAAGACUGAAAGUAUGACAUCAAAUGUAAAUGAUACAUCACCUGCUUUUCUUUCUCAAUCCCAGAGGUUUGUACCUGUGAAAUCAAUCACCCCAGCUCCUGGCACAUAUACUGAAUCUCGAACUGCUUUCAAGCCCUUGAAGAAAACAAUAGGACUGAAAAAUACUCCAUUUGGUCAAAGUGCUGCUCGAUUCACACAAGACUCUAAGACAGAGAAAACGCCAGGUCCUGGGUUUUAUAACAUCCUAAACAAUACUUUAAUUGACAACUUGAGAAAUACUUGCUUGAAGAAACAAAAGAAAAGUGCAUUUGGUUUCGUUCCUCGGACUCUCUUCCUAGUUCAGAAAAAAAUGUUUACUACUCCUGGGCCUGCUGAUUAUAAGGUCGGUGGGAUUUCUCAUGAACUACCUAACUUGACUAACCGCUACGCUGCUUUCUUGUCAAGAACAGAAAGAACUACUAAACUCUCAGACACGGGUGUGCCAGCUCCAGGAGCCUAUGAUGUACAAAAAUCAUAUGUGAUGUCCCAAGUUCAACAUAAAUACAUGCCACCUCGCAGCUUUGUAGCUAAGAUAAAACACACCUCUUUUCUUAGCACAACUCCUCGGUGCCUGGACAAUAUGAUUGAUGGACCUGGGCCUGCAACGUAUAAUCCUGUUUUACAGAAACCUUGCUCCAUACCCAUAUUUAUUACAGCAUCACAGCGUUUUAAAGAUUCCAAAGAGAUUACUCCUGGUCCAGUGACAUAUGAGGUUUGUCAAUGAUAUUUCUUUUUUAACAAUAACCCGAGAGUGAAAAAGUUUCCAGGAAGUACUGAAAAAUGUCUUCAUUAAAGUCAUUUCUGUAUGUUCUAUUCUUAUUAUUAUUUUUGGCUAAGAAAGUCUUUUUUAAACAUAUAUUCUGACAUUUCGUAAAGAAUUAUUUAAGAAUUUAAGAAUUAAUUUAUUUAUAAAUACUCUCUACAUUAUUAAUAUAUACUUUUUUACAUCCCUGCAACAUUAAUAUUUACUUGUUUACAUAUACAAAUUGAAAUUUCCAAGUGUUUAUUGAAUUUAUGAAUUUGUUAGAGAGCCCAGAAUAAGAAAGCCUUGUGGAUCCAAUAAAAGCAGGUACUGGUUUUUUAGGUUCUUUUGAUAAAUGUGGAUGGUUUAGUUUGGAUUCAUAAUAAAUAAAUGUCCCAUUGUGCUGUGGAUUUUCCACUUAUUAGGAGCAGGUUUAAAUAAACCUGCAGGGUUUUAGAAAUUGUGUUCACAAUUGGCCUUAAUUCCCCAUUUGGUAUGAAAAAAAUUUUCCUGUUGGCAUCUAGCAUUUAAGAGUUAAUACUCAGUGCAAACCACAAUAAAUGUUCUUUUUUGAGUUAAUUCAUGACAGGUUUAUUUUUAUUGAAUAUAUGUUUUUUUUUCUUAUUUAAAUGUCAUAAUCCAAAUAAUUUUCCAAAAUUCUGUCAAAAUCAGAUUCAUAAUAUAAUAUCAGAAGUAAAACAAGUGAAUAAUGAGUUAUUUUGCCUGUUGGCUGUUGAAUCCCCCAUAAGAUCACUGUUAAUGUCUACUGAUCAAUCAUAAUUAAUUUUAUAAGACUUACUUCAGAAAGGAAGAAUCACCUAAACAGAGUCCUAGUAGUAUUUCAGAGGAUGGGAGUCAAGGGAGACUAUAUAGAUAUUCUCACACACACA